UAUCGGCUAACAACACCGAGGCCGGCGGGCGAGCGCGCGCGCGCUCCCACUCGCAGCACGCAGGAGUGGCCCCCGGCAUCCCUACCCUGCUCCCCACCCCCACGCCACCCGCUCACCAGCUCGGCCACAGGCUCGCGCUGGCUCGGCCGCUCGCCGCCACCUCCGCUAACGCCGCCAACGCCACCACAGCUUCCUCCGCUGCGGGGCCACAGCCUUGAGUGUCAUUCAAGGGACAGCACAACCUCACCCAGGCUCUCCUACCUCUGUCCCUCUCAUCCACCCUCCCCCUUCCUCCGCCACACUCCAUCCAAAGAAGAGGGAAAGCGCGGAGCAGAGGGGGAGAAAGGCAAAGUCUGCCACCCUCAUCCCUUGGCCCCCUGGCUCCUCCAUCCCGAUUUUGACUCCCGAACCCUCUUCCCCUCAGGACCCUCAGGAACUGAGGCUACUCACCCUACUGCCAUGUCCAAAAGCUUGAAAAAGAAAAGCCACUGGACUAGCAAAGUCCACGAGAGUGUCAUUGGCAGGAACCCGGAGGGCCAGCUGGGCUUUGAACUGAAGGGGGGCGCUGAAAACGGACAGUUCCCCUACCUGGGGGAGGUGAAGCCAGGCAAGGUGGCCUAUGAAAGCGGCAGCAAGUUGGUAUCCGAGGAGCUGCUCCUGGAGGUGAACGAGACCCCCGUGGCGGGGCUCACCAUCAGGGACGUUCUAGCCGUGAUCAAACACUGCAAGGACCCACUCCGGCUCAAGUGCGUCAAGCAAGGAGGAAUUGUUGAUAAGGAUCUUCGUCACUACCUCAACUUAAGAUUUCAGAAGGGUUCUGUUGACCACGAACUUCAGCAAAUCAUCCGUGACAACCUCUACCUCCGCACAGUGCCAUGCACCACAAGGCCACAUAAGGAGGGGGAGGUCCCUGGAGUGGAUUACAUUUUCAUCACCGUCGAGGAUUUUAUGGAGCUGGAGAAAAGCGGUGCUCUCCUCGAAAGUGGGACCUAUGAAGAUAACUACUACGGCACCCCGAAGCCUCCAGCUGAACCGGCACCAUUAGUAUUAAAUGUGACAGACCAGAUACUUCCAGGAGCUACUCCGAGUGCCGAAGGGAAACGGAAGAGAAAUAAAUCAGUGAGCAACAUGGAGAAAGCAAGUAUCGAACCUCCAGAGGAGGAGGAGGAAGAAAGUCCUGUGGUCAAUGGGAACGGCGUAGUGAUAACACCAGAAUCCAGUGACCAUGAGGACAAAAGUGCAGGUGCCUCAGGGGAGACGCCCUCCCAGCCUUACCCUGCACCCGUAUACAGUCAGCCUGAGGAGCUGAAGGACCAGGUGGAUGACACGAAGUCGGUGAAGACCGAGGAGAACGAGGACUUGGACCCCUUGCCUGAUAACUGGGAAAUGGCCUACACGGAGAAAGGCGAAGUCUACUUCAUUGACCAUAACACAAAGACAACGUCAUGGCUGGAUCCACGGCUUGCGAAAAAGGCUAAACCUCCAGAAGAGUGCAAAGAAAAUGAGCUUCCGUAUGGCUGGGAAAAAAUCGAUGAUCCCAUAUAUGGAACUUACUAUGUUGACCACAUAAAUAGAAGAACCCAGUUUGAAAACCCCGUCCUGGAAGCAAAAAGGAAGCUACAGCAACAUAACAUGCCCCACCCAGAACUUGGAACAAAGCCCCUGCAGGCCCCAGGUUUCCGAGUAGGCCUCUCACCAGCGACAUUACCUAGGCCCAAAUCCAUCUUCCCCCGCACUGGCCCGGAGAGGUCCCGCAGUGUGAAUGACUUGUCUUACUAUCUGCUGGACCGCAGAGGGACGCCCUGGCCACUCGAAAAGCCACUCUUCACCCGGGAUGCGUCCCAACUGAAGGGGACAUUCCUCAGCACCACCCUCAAGAAGAGCAACAUGGGCUUUGGAUUCACUAUCAUUGGUGGCGAUGAGCCGGACGAGUUCCUCCAGGUGAAAAGCGUGAUCCCAGAUGGGCCCGCGGCGCAAGAUGGGAAAAUGGAGACAGGUGAUGUCAUUGUCUAUAUUAAUGAAGUUUGCGUCCUGGGGCACACUCAUGCAGACGUCGUCAAACUUUUCCAGUCUGUUCCUAUUGGUCAGAGUGUCAACUUGGUGUUGUGUCGUGGCUACCCUUUGCCCUUUGACCCCGAAGAUCCUGCCAACAGCAUGGUGCCACCCCUCGCAAUAAUGGAGAGGCCGCCGCCACUGAUGGCCAAUGGAAGACAUAACUAUGAGACGUAUUUGGAAUACAUUUCUCGGACCUCACAGCCAGUUACAGAUCGACCACCUCAUUCUUUGCACUCCAUGCCAGCUGACGGUCAGCUCGAUGGCACGUAUCCACCACCCGUCCAUGAUGACAAUGUGUCUAUGGCUUCCUCCGGAGCCACACAAGCUGAACUCAUGACCUUAACCAUUGUGAAAGGUGCCCAGGGAUUUGGCUUCACCGUUGCCGACAGUCCCACGGGACAGCGGGUGAAACAAAUACUUGACGUUCAGGGAUGCCCUGGGCUGUGCGAAGGGGAUCUCAUUGUUGAGAUCAACCAGCAGAAUGUACAGAACCUGAGCCAUACGGAAGUAGUGGACAUACUGAAGGACUGCCCCGUCGGAAGUGAGACUUCCUUGGUCAUCCAUCGAGGAGGUUUCUUCUCUCCAUGGAAAACUCCAAAGCCUACUAUGGACCGGUGGGAGACUCAGGGCAGCCCUCAGACAAGUUUAUCUGCUCCGGCCGUACCGCAGAACCUGCCCUUCCCACCUGCCCUGCACAGGAGCUCCUUCCCAGACUCAACAGAGGCCUUUGACCCACGGAAGCCUGACCCAUAUGAGCUCUAUGAGAAAUCAAGAGCCAUUUAUGAAAGUAGGCAACAAGUACCACCCAGGACCAGUUUUCGAAUGGAUUCCUCUGGCCCGGAUUAUAAGGAACUGGAUGUCCACCUUCGAAGGAUGGAGUCUGGAUUUGGCUUCAGAAUCCUCGGGGGAGAUGAACCAGGACAGCCUAUUUUGAUCGGAGCCGUCAUCGCCAUGGGCUCAGCCGACAGAGAUGGCCGCCUACACCCAGGGGACGAGCUUGUCUACGUGGAUGGGAUCCCGGUGGCUGGCAAGACCCACCGCUAUGUCAUUGACCUCAUGCACCACGCAGCCCGCAAUGGGCAGGUUAACCUCACUGUGAGAAGAAAGGUGCCCUGUGGAGGGGAGCCCUGCCCGGAGAACGGGAGGAGUCCAGGCUCCGUAUCCACCCACCACAGCUCUCCACGCAGUGACUAUGCCACCUACGCCAACAGCAACCACGCCGCCCCCAGCAGCAAUGCCUCGCCGCCUGAAGGCUUUGCCUCGCACAGCCUGCAGACCAGCGAUGUGGUCAUUCACCGUAAGGAGAACGAAGGGUUCGGCUUUGUCAUCAUCAGCUCCCUCAACAGACCUGAGUCCGGAACCACCAUAACCGUGCCCCAUAAAAUCGGACGCAUCAUUGACGGGAGCCCUGCAGAUCGCUGUGCAAAGCUAAAAGUGGGAGACCGGAUCUUAGCAGUCAACGGCCAGUCUAUCGUCAACAUGCCUCACGCCGACAUCGUGAAGCUCGUCAAGGAUGCGGGCCUUAGCGUCACCCUUCGCAUCAUCCCCCAGGAGGAGCUCAACAGUCCAGUAUCUGCACCCAGUUCAGAGAAGCAGAGUCCCAUGGCCCAACAGCACAGCCCUCUGGCCCAGCCGAGCCCAGCCACCCCCAACAGCCCUGUUGCCCAGCCGGCUCCUCCUCAACCUCUUCAGCUGCAAGGACAUGAAAACAGUUACAGGUCAGAAGUGAAAGCGAGGCAAGACGUGAAACCAGACAUCCGGCAACCUCCCUUCACCGACUACAGGCAGCCCCCGCUGGACUACAGGCAGCCCCCACCCUUGGACUACAGGCAGCACUCCCCAGACACCAGGCAGUACCCUCUGUCCGACUACAGACAGCCACAGGAUUUUGAUUAUUUCACUGUGGAUAUGGAGAAAGGAGCCAAAGGAUUUGGAUUCAGCAUCCGUGGAGGAAGAGAAUACAAAAUGGAUCUGUACGUGUUGAGAUUGGCAGAAGACGGACCAGCCAUACGGAACGGCCGGAUGAGGGUAGGAGAUCAGAUCAUUGAGAUCAAUGGGGAAAGCACAAGGGACAUGACGCACGCCAGAGCGAUAGAGCUGAUCAAAUCCGGAGGAAGACGGGCGAGGCUGUUGCUGAAGCGGGGAACCGGACAAGUCCCAGAGUACGGAAUGGUACCUUCCAGCCUCUCCAUGUGCAUGAAAAGUGACAAGCAUGGGUCCCCAUAUUUCUACUUAUUGGGCCACCCUAAAGACACGACGAACCCCACGCCUGGAGCGCUGCCGCUGCCGCCGCCCCAGGCCUGCCGGAAGUAGGCGUCUCCCUCGAAGACAUCCUCUCUCCUUUCUCUCCAUCACAUCCAGCCCCACCCUCCGACCCUUCCCCCCAG